AUGGAGGUCAUCGACCUCCCUGACGCGAACCUUGCCGAGGCAGAGAGUCGCGAUGCAGACCAUGACGACGCCCGUGCGCCCAGGAAGCGCCGAGCCACGACACACGACGACUCAGACACGCACUCCUCGACCUCUGACUCUGCAAGGCCGAGGAAGAAGGCACCCAGAGCCUCCCGCGCUGCCGCUGCAGCGGCUGGGAGGGCUGGUGCUAGUGCCGCCAAGGCACCACACCCGACGAGGACACAGCAGCCCACUGCGACAGUUGCUGCCUCCAGGCAGCCUGAUGAGGACGGCUUUGUUGCCCCACCUAGGAGCCACACCGCCAAGGCUGCCGCACUGCAGCCACCGCAGCCGCUGCCGACCACAAAUGCGUUCGCAGGGGCGAACGCAGACGAGAUGGAGGACGACGAGGCGCCCCUGGCGCCGCCACAGAGGAAGCCGCCGCCCCCACCACCCAUCGUCGUCCAAUGGGACGGCGACCGCUCGCUGCCGCGGAGGACGGAAGGUCGUGUACGUGCCUCCGCCUUUGUUCGCUCGCUGCGGGAUUUCCCGGCCGGCCGCGCUGCUUUCGAGCACGUGGCCUGA